ACUCUAAAAAAGACCAAACAUUUUACGUAUCAAAUAUCUGUGCAUCAAUUAAAUUUUCUUCUCCUCUUUUAAUCAGAUUGCAUGCAAGAAACAUCUCUCUACUUUUCUAUUGUACAUCUUCUUUGCAUUUCUUUACCUUUGUGCAAGACCAAUGAAGACGUUAGUCUUCUUAUUCCAAGUCUUCUUAAGAGGUUGAAUCAUGAAAAUGAAGCAGCUACUGGAAGAUCAGCUACCAUAUCCUGACAUUUCUAAUAAUUCAUCCAACAGCGGAUUAUCUAGAGAUUGUCCAGAGAUGGGCUCAAAUGCAAUGUCAAUAGAUGGAGAUGUAUUUGCUAAAUACUCUGUUUCACGCUGUUUACCUGAGGGAAUGGAUCUAAAUCCUGCACGCAUGGUGUUGGCAGAAAUGAUGGGGACCUUUGUAUUAAUGUUUUGUGUCUGUGGGAUCAUAGGAACCACACAGAUAACUCGAGGCCAAGUGGCUCUUUUGGAAUAUGCAUCCACAGCAGGAUUAUCAGUCAUCGUCUUGGUUUUUGCCUUGGGCCCUAUUUCUGGUGCUCAUGUCAAUCCUGCUGUCACAAUUGCAUUUGCAGCAUUUGGUCAUUUUCCAUGGUCCAGGGUUCCCUUUUAUGUACUGGCUCAAAUAGUUGGAUCAAUAUUGGCAACAUAUGUUGGAAAGUGUGUCUAUGAUAUAAAACCAGAACUUAUGGUCACCCAACCACUUCAAGACUGCAAUCCAGCCUUCUGGGUUGAGUUCAUAGCUACUUUCAUCAUCAUGUUCCUUAUUGCUUCAUUGACAUACCAAAAAUCAGUAGGGCAUUUGUCUGGUUUUAUUGUUGGGCUUUCCAUUGGACUUGCAGUCCUUAUUACUGGGCCUCUUUCAGGAGGAUCAUUGAAUCCUGCAAGGUCAUUAGGGCCCGCAAUCAUUUCCUGGAAUUUUAAGGACAUAUGGGUAUAUAUUACUGCACCAGUCAUCGGAUCUUUAGCCGGAGCUCUCAUGUUUCAUGCUCUGCGCAUUCAAAGCCGGCCAUGCACUUCCACUGAUUCCUCAACUAAUGCUGGUCUACUUGGUCACUCCAUAGCCAUUAGAAGGAGCUAGCUACAUCCAUAAUUCUUUCUUUUUGGAUUGAAAUAUGUGACACCAUAUCCAUAUAUGGAACUAGUAAAUAUUUUAAUUUCUAAUAAUUUUGUUUUCACACCUCUUAUCUAUUCAUUGAAAAGUGAUUUGGAAUAAAACAGUAGAAAAAUAGUGAUUUGGAAUUA